UCUAAGUUAACACAAAAAUAAAAUACUUAGUAACACUUAUUUCUUAACACAGACGACUUAAAGUACCUGUUAUUCUAUUGGCUGACCAACGUAGAUUCAAUUCUCACGCGUCUCUCCAUAAAAUCACUUCCAUUUUCGCCGUCGAAUCACAACUUCCCCCGCCGUAUCCGCCGCCGGUCACCACCUCUUCCCGGAGACUCCGCGCUAGGUUAACCGGCAAGACUGUGGGAAAGGGUUUAGCAGCAGAGAAGGGAAUAAAUUCUGCCAGGAUGAUUGAGUUUCUGGUCUGUGAAAUCCCAUUGGUAGGGUAUCAGAUAUUACAGAGUUGAUUGUGGCUGUUGACAGCUGUUGCUGGGCAUAUGGGAUUCUGUCUCAAAAUUGGUUCAGUAAUUGUUCAAUUACUGUCUACCUGAGUUUGGGGGGAAUUGAUGAGGUGAUUGCAGAUUGUAGGGGUGUGCUGAGUUCGACUGGACCUUUAUGUUUCUUAUGGAUAUUUGGAAGGAGGAGGUUGGUGUUAUUGUAGAUUUUGCAUUUGUUUCAGUGAAAGUAAGACACUAGGACGUCUCAAUCAUUGGUAUAAAAUGGUUUCCUUCGAAAUGAAUGAUCGAAAGAAGAUUGGAUUGGGAUUAACGGGCUUUGGAAUAUUUUUCUCAUUCCUUGGUGUUAUGUUCUUCUUUGACAAGGGAUUGCUUGCAAUGGGAAAUAUCCUCUUUGUUUCUGGAGUUUCCCUGACUAUUGGACUGAAAUCCACCAUGCAAUUCUUCAUGAAACGUAGUAAUUUCAAGGGAACCAUUUCAUUUGGUAUUGGAUUCAUUAUUCUUAUAUUGGGGUGGCCUAUUCUGGGCAUGAUUGUGGAGUCUUAUGGAUUCAUCGUACUCUUCAGUGGUUUCUGGCCUACACUGGCUGUUUUCAUUCAGAAGAUCCCUGUUCUAGGUUGGUUGUUUCAACAACCAUACAUUCGAUCGUUAUUGGAUCGAUACAGAGGCAGACGUGUGCCCGUGUAGCACGUGGAACUUUAGAAGAUUAUGUAGCUGCUAGCAAGCGCAUAUGUAAGUCACUGUAAAGAUAAUACUCUGAUAUGGAGACCCGAGUCUGAAUUGUGAUGGUAGAAAAGUGUGAUAGCCAUUUUAUUCAAAGAAAAAAUGGUUUUUGUAUUCGUUUUACAAGUCCUUUGUAGUCUCUUUUUGAUUCUGACGCUUAUGGAAAAUCAAUUAAUUGGUCUUCGGAGUU